GUGCAUAGCGGCUGCCUGCGGGAGGAACGACAAGCGAGGGUGCGGACAUGGUGGCGAAUAAGACAGGAGUGAAUGGUACGAUGCUCAGAAGAUAUGGUUUUCUGAGUGAAGGCGGAGAGCGGAGGGCGUAGGGAAAGAACACCGGGUUCUGCGGGGGAAAGGGUUGUCUUAAAGACGACCAAGUAAAUGAAAAUUGGGGAAGCUCUAGAAACCCCUCAGAAUGGCGGAGAGAAGAGUGGAGACCGUGGAGAUGGAUGACACUUCAGGUGUCGGCGAGAAGGAAGACUCCCCGCCUCUUAUACACAACAAUGGCAAACGCUGUCCGGCAGACUUUCGUAUAGACAGUGCACUGCUAGCAUGGUGGAUGUGCGCUCGCCAUCGACAUUGGCGCCGGUCCCUGCAGAUAGAGCUUAUCAAACGCAUCUCAACACAGUGGAGACAUUUGCGUCAUAGUACCGAUAGAGGCCUCGAGCUGGGAAAAGCCGAACCUGUAGCAAGCCCUGAAGAUCUAACAACGGUGCCUGGAGUCAGCCGGGUUUUGGCAUGUGCUAGAGCUUGUGCUUUGCUUCGCGCAUCUUAUUUGAUGUCUUCAAUAGAUGCGGGUAAUCGGCGACAGACGCAGCCAAGUCAGAACCAGUUGGAACGGAGUACAGCACUGUACAAGAGCCGGGCCCUUGCACCACCAUGUGUUUGACGGCCGCGCUUUUCGUGGGAUACUGGGAUACGUUGAGAAAAGUCUGGAGGAUGAUGACGCCAUGGAGUGGGCUCUCGCCAAAAUGCCUCAA